AUGGUUGAUUCUUAUAAAGAUAAUACAUUUGAUGAUUCUCAUUUAAAUAAUUAGUCUAUUGAUUAGCAUUAUGACUUACCCUAGAUCGCAAUUUUAGGUGGAUCUUUUGUAGGGAAGACAAGUAUUUUUAAUCAAAUACUAGGACAUGCUACUAAUGAACCUUUAGAAUAAGGCAUUAUCAACUAAAAAUAAAUAAAAAUAGAAAAAAAUGAAGAAGAAAUAGAAUUUAACUUGAUGGAUUUUCCUGGUUGCUUUGAUUGCGAUUAAAUAAUAAUUAAGAGUAUUGGAUUUUUGCUAGUGUUUGCUGUAGACGAUCGAUAGUCUUUCCUCAAGAUGCAAGAUAUAUAUCAAAAGAUUUAACAAAUUCAUGGUAAAUCAAUACAUAAAAAGAUAAUUGUGAUUGGAAAUAAAAAUGAUUUACCAAAAAAUGAAAAAGUUGUUAAAAAAAAAGAAAUAGAAGAAUUUUAUACAUAAAAUAAACAAGAAUAUUGGAAAUUACCCUAAAAAAAUUAAAAUGCUGUUCAAGAUAUGUUCAAAAAGCUCAAAGAAAAUAUAUGUAAUGAAGCCAAGCUAUCUCUAAGUAAAUCUAAUAUAUUAAGUAAAUCACUAACCGUAAACAGUCCUUAUGGGACACAUUUCAUGACUCAAACUGGAGUAUCAAAAAGUCAUAAAAAUUCAGUUGAUAAUAAAGAUAGUAAACAAAAGAGUUACUGCUAAGAAAAAUGUAAUUGCAGCAUAUUUUGA